AUGGCUUUUUUCGGUGUGAUCAAAGACCAGGUGGAUGACCUCAAGGCCAAGUUGGCUGCUCAGGAAGUGGAACUGAAGCAGAAGAAUGACGCAGCAGACACACUGAUCCAGGAGGUGGGCGUGGAGACUGAGAAGGUGUCCAAGGAGAAGGCUGUGGCUGAUGCAGAGGAGCAGAAGGUGGCGGCCAUCGCAGUGGUGGUCAGUGGGAAGCAGAGGGACUGUGAGGAGGACCUGACCAAAGCAGAGCCGGCCCUGUUAGCGGCUCAGGAGGCUCUCAACACCCUGAACAAGAGCAAUCUGACUGAGCUGAAGUCUUUCGGCUCUCCGGUGUCAGCGGUCACUAACGUCACAGCCGCUGUGAUGGUCCUGACUGCCCCCAAUGGCAAAGUUCCCAAAGACCGCAGCUGGAAGGCCAGCAAGGUCAUGAUGGCCAAAGUGGACGCUUUCCUGGACUCCCUCAUCAACUUCAACAAGGAGAACAUCCAUGAGGCCUGUCUUAAAGCUAUCCAGCCCUACCUCCAGGUCAGAGCGGCCCAUCCACUCAGCUCACAUGUCUCAGCUGUGUUCACCAUAGUCAGAACCACAUACUAG